AUGAUUAUACCACUCCAAAUUGAGCAAUCUUUAAUUGAAAACAAUUCCAAAAGAAAACCAUUUAGUCCUCUUGAAAUUAAUCCAAAAUAACACUCGUUGUCUAAUAAAUUUAAUCUACUACACCUUGAUAUUUUCACUCCUACCUAAACAAAAAGUAGUCAUUCAAAUCCUAAUAUUCAAUUUGGAUUAUAAAAAUUACUGAAAACAAGUCCUUAUGCUUAACUCAUUAAAUAAAAAUCUCAAUAACAAAUUAAUAGUGUUGAUAGUUGUUCUCAGAACAUAAAUAAUGGUAUUACUCUAACUUAACAUUCUUCUCAAAGUAAUGUUAAACUUGACUCAAAAUCAUUAAUGACAAAUAAUUAGAGUAAUAUCAAAAGAAGAAUUCCUAAUUGUAUGAAAGUUUUUGCUCCUAAAAAAUCAUUUGAAUGUUCUUAUUAAUUAAAUUCAAAUAAUAAAGAUAAAUAGACAAUUCAAGCUCUUUAAGAUUUAUUAGUAAGAACAACAUAAACCUUAUAAGGUUAUAAAGAAUACAUCAUUAAAUGUGAAUAGGAGAAUAUUAAAUUAAAAGAGUAAAUUUCAUGUUUGAAAGCAUAGAAUUGA